GUUACAACGGAGCCUGAGCUUUUCUUCUCUUGCUUAAUGUACUUACUCCAAUGUCUUUUCGUUAUUCAUCCUUGUAUAUCCCUCUGCCAGCUAAAAGGAAUCCUGGCUUGGAGCUACUGGUUGUUGCAGUGAUCUAGGCAGCAGAGUAUUUUUGAUUUUUGUUUCAGUUUACUUUUGUUUUGUUUUCUUGUUUGUUUUUGUUGGUUUCUAUAAAGGAAUCUGAUUUAAAGAGCAACUUUUUGUUGUUUUAUUUCCUUUUGUGUCUUUGCCUGAGGACCAGCGCCACGUCCUGAUGAGCGAGCAAAUCACCAAAUUCUGAGACCCAGCAACAUUUCAGAAGGCCCUGAGACUUUCAAUUUUCUCGUUCAGAUCCGGUACAGAAUAUGUUCCUCCUACUGCUAAUUUUCAGCCUGGGAAUGCAGCUUCAACAGACAGCAGCUUUAUUCACAGUGACAGUCCCUAAAGAACUGUACAUGGUAGACCAUGGCAGCAAUGUGACCCUGGAGUGUGAUUUUGAGACUGAAGGUCAUGUGGAAUUUGGACAUGUAAAAGCCAGUUUGCAAAAUGUGGAAAAUGAGACCUCCUUACACAGUGCCAUUCUUCUGGAGGAGCAGCUGCCCCUGGGGAAAGCCUUAUUCCACUUCCCUCGAGUUCAAGUGAGAGAUGAAGGACAGUACCGCUGCGUGAUCAUCUAUAAGGGCGCCUGGGACUUCAAGUACCUGACUCUAAAAGUCAAAGCUUCCUACAAGAAAAUAAACACUUAUAUCCUUAAGGUCCCAGGGACAGACGAGGUAGAGCUCACCUGCCAGGCUGAAGGUUAUCCCCUGGCAGAAGUGUCCUGGCCAAAUAUCAGUGUUUCUGCCAAUACAAGCCACAUGAAGACCUCUGAAGGCCUCUACCAGGUCACUAGUGUUCUGCGCCUAAAGCCACACCCUGGCAGAAACUUCAGCUGUGAGUUCUGGAAUGCUAAUUUGAAGGAACUUACUUCAGCCAUCAUCGACCCUCAAGGUGAGAUGGAACCCACGAUUCCUUCAACUUCGCUGCUUCAUAUUCUCAUCCCUUUCUUCAUCAUUGUUUUAACGUUUAUGGCUACAAUGAUAGUGCUAAGAAAACAACUCUACCAAAAGCUUUAUUCUGGAAAAGGUACAACAAAAAGAUGUCACCACAAUCAAAAGGAAGUGAAUAGCGCUAUUUGAAUCCAUGGAGCUUGGGCAACCUGGUGGGACAUCCUCAAGAAGCUUAUGGACUCUGAAAAAGAAUUCCUUGGCCUGCAGAGCUUGUUGUACUUUUCAAGUGCCUUUGUAUGACACAGCACUUUAAUCUGGACACUGCAGCAAGACUAGGCACUCCUGGCCAUGGUGUGCUUAGAGGAAGUUAGGCAGCCCACUCCUUCAAUCUGGGCUCUCACUUCUGCAGCCUGUGGCUCUGAGCAAGCACUGUUGCACUUUAGAAAAUGACCGCAUUGGGUCCUGAACUCCAUGAAUGUCCUGAGGCUCCUUCUUGCUGCCAGACUGAAAAAGGGAAUCAUUUCCCCUUAAGUUUUCAAAGUAAUUUCCAGAAGCAGAGAUAAGUAGAAAUUUCUAAUUACAGAAACGGAUUGCCAAUAGAGUUAUUUUUAUCUGUAGUUUCCUCUGAACACUGGAAAAGCCUACUGAGACUAUCAGCUCACAGAUAAGGCUUUAUAUAAAUUCAAGCCAUAAUUGACAUGUUUUUAUGGCUUCUUGGAAACUUGAGAGCAUCUGAGUUGUUUAAUUAACAGAAAGCAUUUGAGGACACAGGGUGGCCAACUACAAGUUGUGGAGAAAAGCCAUUGAGUAUUUUUGUGAGAUCUAAAUCAUAAAGCAUUUGUUUUAGUUAUAAUG